AUGGAUGCAUUUAGAGCAUUUGAAAAUGAGUCGCUCUUGCCCAGUUCCUUUGGUCCUGCCAGCUGGGAUCCCUUCCGUCGUCCCCUGGACUCCAUCCAGCCCUGGCAUUUCAGGCUUCUGGCAGCAGUAAUGUUGGUGGUGACCUCCCUGUCGCUUGCUGAGAACCUGGCUGUAAUCCUGGUAACUUUUAAGUUCAAGCAAUUGAGGCAACCUGUCAAUUAUGUUGUAGUCAAUUUAUCUGUGGCUGAUUUCCUGGUCUCACUGACUGGUGGCACCAUCAGCUUUCUAACGAAUCUAAAAGGUUAUUUUUAUAUGGGAUACUGGGCUUGUGUACUGGAAGGAUUUGCUGUCACAUUUUUUGGCAUUGUUGCUCUCUGGUCUCUCGCUCUGUUGGCCUUUGAACGGUACAUCGUGAUCUGCCGCCCCUUGGGAAACCUGCGCCUGGAGGGGAGACAUGCAGGCCUAGGGAUUGUCUGUGUCUGGGCCUUUUCCUUCAUUUGGACCAUUCCACCAACCAUGGGCUGGAGCAGUUACACCACCAGUAAGAUUGGAACCACUUGUGAGCUUAACUGGUACUCAGGAGCUUAUGCUGACCAUACCUACAUUAUUGUGUUCUUCACCACCUGUUUUAUAGUGCCUUUAUUAGUGAUUUUGGUAUCCUAUGGAAAACUGGUGCAGAAGCUAAAAAAGGUGUCAGAAACGCAAGGCAGGCUCAGAACUACCAGGAGACCUGAAAGACGAGUGACCAGAAUGGUGGUUGUUAUGAUCGUUGCCUUUCUGAUCUGCUGGAUACCAUACGCUGCCUUUUCCAUCCUCGUCACUGCUGACCCCUCCAUUGAGCUGGAUCCUUGUCUGGCAGCAAUCCCAGCUUUCUUUUCCAAAACAGCUACUGUUUAUAAUCCAAUUAUUUAUGUCUUUAUGAACAAACAGUUCAGGAAGUGUCUGAUUCAAAUGUUCAGGUGCAAUGCCACAGGAAUUGCAGAGUCCAACAUGAACCCAGCUUCAGAGAGAGCAGUGCUAACCCAGGACAGGGGAGGCAGUGAGAUGUCCACCAUGGCAGUUCGUAGCACCGCUUCUGAAAGGAAAAUUGGACAUGAACACAGGGCAGACAAAUAGCUUUGGCUUUUUUAUAAGGGAAAGGGAGAACUACAGCACAAAAGGAACAAACCAGGAAUUCUCAGGGGGAGAGAGCAUAUAGAAGAAACCGGAAAGUCGUGACACUAAGCCCUGCUUCCUUUUGCCUGGUCAUAGGCAAGAGCUAGAAAGACAAGGCAAGAUUUUUCUCUCAGGUCCAGGGGUCUCCCGUGCCCAUCCAGCACUCCCCUCACAGACACCUGGGCUCCUGCAGAGAUGAAAGUUCUAACAGGAUUUUGUUUCCUUGACAAAACUAAUUGUCAUAUGCCUUUAUUUUCAUGGGAAACAGUUUCAAGAUAACAUUCAGGGACUGACUUUUAGAAAAAGAUUUGUUUAAAACUUAUUUAGAAACUGCAGCAUUUUCUGUACUGUCUGGUUAUUAAAAUUGGAAGAUAAAAGGAAAACAUGGAAGAAAACCUAAAAUUAUUUUCCUGUGCAGUAUUAGAGGCUUUAAAUUGUUCCUGUUCUCUGGAUGUCAAUAAGGCACUGGCACUACUUUUCUCACAGAGAUUUCUUUGUAGAGGUGUUAGUUUUUUUAAUUAAAGGGAAUUUUAACCACUUUCUCACUGUUUGCAUUCAACUGUUCUGCUGUUAUGCAGACCAUUAAUUAAAGGUGUAACAGCAGUAUUUAGACAUACAGAAGACAAAAAGUGUUUACAGACUUCACAGUCAAAGAUUUAGAGAAGCAUUGUACAGAUCCAAAAUAGCACUGAAGAAGAUGAUAGAUAACUAUGAAAAAACAAAUUAAAUAUGUGUCAAAGAUGGUAACACUUGCACUCAGUGACAAGAAUAACAACAAAUGAGGAUUAGUUAGAACAAAAAUAUGGAGACUCUUCCUUGUGAACUUCUCCAUGUACUACAACAGGUAUUGUGGCUAAGAUAUGUGGCUAAAAUAAAACAGAGGGUGUGGUUUCAUGAGAUAAGGCAACAUGGUAGUAGUGGCCAGAGAAAAAAAAUGAGAUUAGAAGGAAUAAUAUUAAUUUUGGACAUGGACAAAAUAUUUGUGCCAAAGUGAAAUGAAGAUGGUUCCCCAUGUCAGAGGAGACAGUUUUGCCCUUGACAAAACAGGACUGUGAGAGGAAGAAAGAGCAGUGCCAAUCACAGAAGAAAUGGUCAGACUUACAGCUCUGGACACACAGCUCUGAAAAUCAUUGUGAAACAUUCAGAAAGAGAGACUGACUGAAACACAGGACUGGGAAGGCUGGAGAUACCUUAGAAGUAGAAAGCUGGAUUAGCAUGCUGUUAGUGAGGGCAGUAGAAGGAAUCCACAGGAGUAGAGGCAGUUGCUCAGGUUAUGCAGGAAAAAGUGGAUUGAACUUUAGAGGAUGGUGAGAUAAGGAGGAAGGUUCAUGUCCUGAGUGACUGGCCAAGGAGUAUUAUCAUAAGAAAAUCAAUGUUUAAUAGUGUGAGGUGCAGUGCAGGAUGUUAGGAUGAGGGCUAUAAGCAGUACCACAAAAACAAGUGGAAAACAUAAUCUGGAGAACCAGGUUUACAGGUGUAAAUAGACGUUUGCUGGGAAGCAAUUUCUCAGGGUGAAACACAUGAAAGUCUGUGAGAAGAGAGUAAAAUCUGAGCCAUAGAAGGAGAACAUGGUGCCACUGACUUUGAAGAGUGUUAGACAUAAGGUGAUGGCUGGGGAGGGUGCAGGGAGCUCAGCAGCUUCCCAGAGAGAACCAGCUUUGCAUUGUCCAGGGAAGGAAGCAGAGAAGGAAGAGAGACUGCCUAUGAGAGAAAUAGAGAUAAGCAGCAUUCCUUCAGUCUGUCAGGAGCAGUGGGGCCAGCACGAACCUAUCAGUAGCUUAUUUCAACAGAGAAGUUCAUAAUUCAAUUAAAUAUACUGAAAAUCACUUGAGCAGUACCUCAGUGGCACACAAGGGUUCAUCAUCUAAACCUUUCUUCCCAGUGUGAAGCUCUGUCUUGAAGAUUUCUGGAGAACCAGCUCAUGUCUAGUUCCACAUGGAGGUCAAGGCCUGACUGCUCUGUUGAGAUGGGAAUCAUUGUCCUUUUGCACCAGCCCCUCUGGCAACUUUAAUAAUUAUGUUUAUGGUUGUCUUAUAUCAUCUUGCCACCCUGUCAGACAAACACUGACAUCCCCAAGCACAGACAUACAAAUAUAGGCUGCAACAGGGUGAUAUGAAAAUUAGCAGCUCAGGACAAAUAGGAAAUUAAUAUUAGAGUCUAAUUAGUCUUGAUUUCAUUUGGAGAAGGAAUUAAUUAGUCUUAAUAGGACCACAGAGGCAUCACAAAUGUUUUCUUUCCAUCAAGUGACAGCUGCAUUAAACAAUUAACAAAUCAUUCUCAUAAAACAUAAGGUUCCAUUAAUAUUUGUCAGUGUCCAUAACACUGAUAUUUUUCAGGUCCUCACAAGUGUUUUCUGUUAAGGGCCAGAUUUUGUUUGGCUUAUUAAUAUGAGAACUCCCAUAACUGUGGGCAAAGGCAUUUUCUUGAAGAAGGUAUUUACCUUCUGCACAUACAAAAAAUGGGUUUUAGUAAAUGUUGAUCAAUUCUCCAGCAUUAACAUUCUGCAUCUCUAAUGAGUUCCUGUCUCUGUGAGAGGUUCUCAUCUUUGAUACAAAUAAGGAAUAAUAGAAUCAUGGGAUGUUUUCAUGUUAAAAUGUCUUCAGUAAUGCUUUUCAGGAAGAGGGGAAUACCUUCCUUUCCUGCCUGUAGGUCAGAGAGUACAUUUUAAAAUGUGUAAACACAUUGUCAUAGUGGGCCAACCAAGCAGUAGCAGCCUGGGCACGAAGUGCUACAGGGUCCCCAGGAGUUGAUUGGUAAAGUCUUUCAAUGUAACACAGUAAAAAAUCUUCAGAUCUGCAAGCAAAAAAAAAGGGUGGGAGAGUGGGCUUUUUUUUUCUUAGGAGUUGUGCACAGUGACUGAAGAGACACCUCUUGCAUUAUGUGGUAAGAGCAUGAACAUUUUACCAUAUACAAAAAGUAAUUUAGGCAAUGGAUGGUUUUAAGACCUUAAGAUUUCAUACUAAAAGGUGUGAAUACUGCCAAAGUCAAUUUGCUCACACUUAAUUGUGAACUAAUAAACAGCACAUUGUGUCCUUGAAUUUUUGUUUUGCCACCAAGAAUAUACCUAAAAAUCACAUUCCUUUAAAAAAGAGCACUGCCUCUGGUUUGCAAAACUAGCAAUGUAACACUGCACUAUUCUGCUUUGGGAACAUUUGUUGUAUUUUAAUGUCACAACCUGGACAAAAUACCUGCCCUUCCUAUAAACCUCCCAUG